AUGCAUCGUUAUGAGUCUGGGCUGCUAGGCAGGAAAAGCAAAGUGCAUGCUGGGCCGGGCAGACUUCUGCAGGGUCAGCUUCCUGGGGAGUCCGGAACGGCCAGGCCGGAGCGCCCACGGCUCCCUCCCUCGCUUGUGUGGGGACACCUGGCCCGGCACGCAGCUGCCUUCGCAGGGGGACCCGGGGCCAGGGGACCCACAGUGCAGGCAGAGCCGGGGCCCCUCACCCAGGCGGCCAGGAGGGCGUGCAAGGCCCUGCUCCCGGCGGGCGCCUACGCCAGCUUCGCCCGGGAGGCGGUGGGCGCGGCCCAGCUGGGGGCCUGCUGUCUGGAGAUGCGGAUGUUGGCGGAGCUCGGCCCCUGGGCGGGGGGCUUCGGCCCCGACCUGCUGCUCACCCUGCUCACCCUGCUCUUCCUGGUUCACGGGGCGACCUGCGACGGCGCCGCGGCCAACCCCACCGUGUCCCUGCAGGACUUCCUCCUGGCCGAGGCCUCCGGGCCCCGCACGCUGCUGAAGCUGGCGGCCCAGGGGCUGGGUGUGCGGGCGGCCUGUGCCCUGACCCGGCUGUACUGGGCCUGGGAGCUCUGUGACCUGCACGUCCUCCAGAACCUCCUGGACCCGCACUGCAGCUCCCCCCUGCGCACGCCCGUGUCCCACGGCGCGCUCGUGGAAGGCGCCGGCGCCUUCCUCUUGCACCUGACCCUCCUCCGCCUCCGGAACAGCCUGCCUGCCUACCGGGUGCCGGCCGUGGCCCUGCUGGCCACCGUCAUGACCCACACAGCUGGGCCCUUCACGUCCGCCUUCUUCAACCCGGCCCUGGCCACCUGGGCCACCUUCCACUGCUCGGGCCACACCCUGCUGGAGUACAUGCAGGUGUACUGGCUGGGUCCCCUGACAGGGAUGGUCCUGGCCGUCCUGCUGUAUCAUGGCCGCCUUCCUCGCCUGUUCCAGAGGAACCUGUUGUACAGCCAGAAGAACAAGUACCGAACUCCUAGAGGGAAGCCGGCCCCGGGGCCUAGAGACACCCAGACGCCUGCAGAGGGGUGCAGAAGCCGGGAGCCUGGGCGGGGGCGUCUCUUGCCUCUUCACAGAAUUAGGAUCAAAGGGAAGACCGAGGAGGAAAGGCAAGAGGUCCAGGUGAGGCUGCUCCCUCUGGGCCCCAUCUCCCUCUCCCCUCCUCGGAGGGGCUGCUCCGGGAGGGGUGAGCAGGCCCAGGUCUCUGAGGCCAGCCCUGUGUGCCUUCUGGAAGGCUUGAUGGGGCUACAUGGAAGCUUCCAGAAGGAGGACCAGACGGCAGGACGGACACCGGAGAAGAUUGGGGCAGAGAAGCCUGACACCCACCCCCUGCAGCAGGUGGCCAAGGUCAACGUCAGCUGUGACGCGUCACGUCGACAGUAUGCGUGCUCGGCUGGGGAGAGCUGCUGUGGGACCCGGCCGUGGGCGUCCAGCUGUCCUUCAAUCCUCAAAGCGCUGUCAGAGCACGUCACUGCCAGGGACAAACGUCCACACCACCUGGAGGGAUGGCGGGCCUCCUUCCCAGCUCUACACGGACGACUGCCCCUGAAUGAGGUGCGUGUGGGGGCUUUGGGGACUUCGUCCACCUGGAAUCCACGGCCCACAGAAGUGGUGAGCGGGCUUGUCCACGCAGAGGGCGCGGAGCUCUGUCCAGCCCUGGACGGUGCCCAGGAACCACCCAUGUGGGUCCCUGAGAUGGUCCAGCUAGAGCCCCAGUCGGCUGAGCAGGACGGGCCUGAGGGGGACGGGUCUCCGAUCUCCUCCCUGGUCGCAGUGUCACACGGAGGCCCGCCUCGAGCCUGCACGUGA